AUGGGUGUCGCUGUUCUGUUUUGCUGCCGUGCGGGGUUGAACGAGGCUAAGGCACCGGCAAGGCUUUCUACGACAGCAUUCCUGUUGUAUCAGGCCACCAACCACAAGACCCCUCUGCCUCAGGGCGUCCGCACUGGCACAGUCAUGAGAAUCCGAGGCGUCGUCCCGGAACAGGCUGGCAGGUUCCAUAUAAACCUGCUGUGCAGCGAGGAGCAGGGGGCAGACGCCGCCCUGCACUUUAACCCGAGGCUCGACACGUCCGAGGUUGUCUUCAACACUAAAGAGCAAGGCAAAUGGGGCCGCGAGGAGCGGGGCUCGGGCAUCCCCUUCCAACGGGGGCAACCCUUUGAAGUGCUCCUCAUAGCCACAGAAGACGGCUUCAAGGCAGUGGUCGGGGACUGUGAGUACCUCCACUUCAAGCACCGGAUGCCACCAGCAAAUGUGCGCGUUGUGGAAGUGGGCGGAGACGUGCAGCUGCACUCAGUGAAUGUCUUCUGAGCUGAGGGCGGUGGGGUCGUCGGGGAGGC